AUGCAUCAGCACGUUAACGGUCCCUCUAAUCAAGUUGUCGAAGUUGAAAAUAUUUUCAAAGGACAAACCGGUGAUGGAAAACCUUGGGAAAUGCGAUUUACGAUCAAUGCCGAUUUGCCAAAUAAAGCAAGAAAACAUAAAGCACAUUUUGGUUGUGAUGUUUUUUGGAAUAAUGAAAGGGUUCUUGCUACACAUAAAUGGCUUCCAGAUGGUAUGUUGAAAGUCGGAAGACCAACUAUCCAAGGUAUUAAACUAGAAGAAUUUCCGACUGGACAUGAUGAAAAAAAGUUUGAUGAUAAACGUUACGUAACUUGGGAGUCUAUUUCAAAAAAAUAUGCGUAUUAA